CUCUGCGCACGCAGCAGCAACAGCUGCACGGGCAGUGACGCGCGCAGGAGGAAGGAGACGGCACCACCACCACACCCCACGCAACACCAGGUGAGAAAAAAAAGGAAAGGAAAGGGGGGGAGUUUACUACUACUACGCGUCCGCGACCGAAAAAAACCAGGCGCCGCGGCAGCCGCAGGCAUUGCAGCAGCAGCAGCAGCGGAGGAGAUGGAGACUUGCAGCAAGCAGCUGCGGACUCGUCUGCACUCCAAAAAAGCCCAACCACCACUAGACCCCGCGACUCACCACUCCCACCAUCACCACCACCACCACCGGUCACGCACGCGGGGGGCGCUUUUACCCCUCUCGUACCCUUCCUGGUCUCCUUCCUUCCUUCCUUCCUUCCGUCCUCUCGCCGCGAUCCCCCCCGCCCAAACCCUAGAACCCCCUCCGCCCCGCGCCGGCGCCGAUCCGGCGGCGGGUGAGGAGGAGGAGGAGGAAGGGGGAUGGAGGCCGCCGUGCCGGAGGAGCUGCGGUGCAAGCGCUCCGACGGCAAGCAGUGGCGGUGCAGCGCGCCCUCCAUGCCCGACAAGACCGUCUGCGAGAAGCACUACGUCCAGGCCAAGAAGCGGGCCGCCGCCUCCGCGCUCCGGGCCUCCCUCCGCAGGUCCUCGGCCUCCGCCUCCGCCUCCGCCGCGCGACGCGUCCGCGACGACCCGCCCGGGCCAGUGCAGAUGGCGGUCGCGAGGCCCCUCUACGGCAGGGUCGCCGGGGAGCCGGUCUACGUGGCCGAGCCGGCGCCGCCGCCGCAGCCGCGGAGGCAGCCGGUGCCGGUCUACGGCCUGCCCCUGGGCAAUGCCACGGGCUCGCGCAUCGCGGCGGAGCUGGUCGGGAGAGGCUCCGGGCAGCUGGUUGCCUGCAACUCGGCGGCUACGGCAGCCAUCUGCCAUCAGUGCCGGAGGGGUGCUAAUACCAUUUGGUGUACAAGCUGCGACAGGAGAGGAUACUGUAGAGAUUGCAUCUCGAGAUGGUACUCUGACAUCCCAAUUGAUGAUGCUCGAAAGGUUUGUCCGGCCUGCCGUGGCAUUUGUAACUGCAGAGUUUGCUUACAAGGAGAUAAUGUAAUAAAGGCAAGGGUGCAGGAGAUACCUGUUGUAGAUAAGUUGAAAUAUCUCCAUAGCAUUUUGGCAUCUGUUCUUCCAGUAUUAAAGCAGAUUUAUUCUGAUCAAUGUUUCGAAAUUGGUGUUGAUACGAAAGCUUAUGGACUUAGGACAAAUAUAAUCAGGGCGAAGGUCAAUCCUGAUGAGCAAAUGUGCUGUGACUUCUGCAAAGUGCCGGUAUUUGAUUAUCACCGGCACUGCCCAAGGUGUCUGUAUGACUUAUGUCUUGACUGUUGUCGAGAUGUAAGGCGAUCCAGGACCAAUGCUCCAAGAGGAGAAUAUACUGAAGGUCGUGUGGUAGAUAGAAGUAAAGAUACUUCGAGUAAAAGAGCAAGACUGGAACCAUCUUCAGAGAGUGCAAAUGAUAAGUCAGCCCUACAACGAAUGCACAUAAAAAAUAUUGACAUUAGAUAUUUAUUCCCUACAUGGAGAGUCAAUAAUGAUGGAAGCGUUACUUGUGGGCCUCAUGAGGCUGGUGGUUGUGGCUCCUCAAAGUUAGUGUUAAGGCGGAUAUUCAAAAUAAAUUGGAUUAGUAAGCUUGUAAAAAAUUCUGAGGAAAUGGUCAAUGGUUGCAAAGUGCAUGAUCUGGAGAAUGGAUGCUCAUCCUGCAAAGAUGGUAGAAGACUAGAGUUAACUGCACACCGUAACUUUGGUCUCUCAACAUGUUCAAAUAAUGGUGGUAUCGAUCGGUUCUGUGUGUUCUCUCCUGUAUUAGAGGACUUGAAAUUUGAAGGUAUUAUUCAUUUCCGUAAACACUGGAUAAAAGGAGAGCCUGUAGUUAUCAGGAAUGCAUUUGAGCCUUCUCUGUCAUCAAGCUGGGACCCACUAAAUAUUUGGCGAGGAAUCCAGGAAAUCAUGGAUGAAGAAGUGGAUGAAGAUGUAGUAGUCAAAGCCGUGGAUUGCUCAAACCAAACGGAGGUGGAUAUUGAGCUGAAACAAUUUAUCAAAGGUUAUUCAGAUGGUCACAAGGGGGAAGAUGGGGAAUUGAUGAUGUUGAAAUUGAAAGAGUGGCCCCCACCCAGUGUAUUGGAGGAGUUUCUGCUGUGCCAAAGACCGGAAUUUAUUGUCAAUUUUCCGUUAGUUGAUUUUAUACAUUCUAGGUGGGGUCUUCUAAAUCUUUCUGCUAAGUUGCCCCCAGACACCCUACAGCCUGAAGUUGGCUUGAAGCUGUUAAUGGCAUAUGGAAGACAUCAAGAAGCUGGUACAGGUGAUUCAGUGACGAAUCUAAUGAUUAACAUGAGUGAUGUGGUAAAUAUGCUAAUGCAUACAGCCGAAGUGCACGACGUAUGCUCAAGGAGGCUACUUCCUGAGCGAUCUGAAAGGAUUGCCAAUGGAAUGACAGUACAUGUAAAUGCUUACGCACCUGUUCAAAAUUCGAAUGUGGAUACGGAUGAACAAUCACCUGACCAUAUAAGUUCAAACCUCGAUGAAAGAGUGUGUGCUUCUAGCUUGCAAUUACAAGAGAAGUCUUCAGCGGAGUUAUCUUACUCAUCACAUUCAGAGGAGCCAAAAGUUAAUGGUUCAGAAAGAUCUCAGGCUGGUGCUGUUUGGGAUGUGUUCCGCAGGCAGGAUCUUUCAAAGCUGAAUGAAUAUUUAGCUGCUAACUGGGAAGAACUGACAACUAGUAGUCAAGGAGCAAUAACUGUUAAGAAUCCUAUUUAUGAUCAAGCUGUAUAUCUCAACAAGUAUCAUAAAAAGAUACUGAAGGAUCAAUAUGGAAUUGAACCCUGGACAUUCCAGCAACAUAUCGGUGAGGCUGUUUUUAUUCCAGCUGGCUGCCCAUUCCAAGUAAAAAAUCUACAGUCUACGGUUCAAUUGGCUCUUGAUUUUUUGUCACCGGAAAGUUUGGGGGAAUCAGCUCGUAUGGCCCAAGAGAUUCGCUGCCUGCCAAAUGAUCAUGAUGCAAAACUGAAGAUGCUGGAGAUUGGAAAGAUAUCUUUAUAUGCAGCAAGUUCUGCUGUCAGAGAAAUUCAGAGAAUAACCCUCGAUCCCAAGUUUAAUCUUGAGCUUAAAUUCAAGGAUGAGAAUCUAACUCGGGCAGUUUCCGAGAACUUGGCUAGAGUCACCAAACAACGGAAGGUACCGUGCGGCUGAGAUACACUGGUGUUCAAAAUUAAAACUAUUUAAAUUAUACAUAGAAAUUGUAUAUGUAUUACAUGGUGUCAUAGGAAGGAACAUAGUGACACAUUCUAAUUGUUGUCAGAUAGUAUAACCCCCCACCCCACCCCCCCCCCCCCCC